GCUGACAGAAUCCAGGGAAGUCUGGCUUUUUGUGCUCUGGAGGUGUGGCUUGCUGCAGGAUGAUGGCUGGAGGGAGAUGGACACUUCUCGCUCUGCUUUUCCUCCUGCAAUUCCUACUCCCUGAAGCCUUCAAGAUUCUGAUUCUCUCCUUUAUCGGAGGAAGCCAUUAUCUUAUAAUGGAUGAAAUCUCAAAUGUGCUGCAUAAUAGAGGUCAUGAAGUCAGGAUGUUACUACAGACAGGAGUUCUAAUGAUCCCAGGGAUCAAAUAUAAGAGACCAGAUACCUACCAAAUUACAGCUUGGUCUGCCAACCAGGACUAUCUCAAUGUAUAUGAGAAGUGGUUUGCUGACAACAUGGAGGAUUUUCUGAUGGGCAGAGAGGACCUCAGCCAUUAUAUGAAUUUCAUGAACCAUUUGGCCUACCAGUGUCAAUUCAUACUAAAUGAAUCAGAGACCCUGAACUCCCUGAAGGAUGAAAAAUUUGACAUAACAGUGAUAGAUGGUUUUAAUCCCUGUUCCUUCUUGGUUGCAGAGAAACUAGACCUGCCUUUUGUUGCGGUGUUUCCUGGAACUUUUGCUAAUGGACCACAGGCUGGGAUUCCUAGCCCCUUGUCUUAUGUUCCAGUAUUUCAUUCCCACCUAACCGAUCACAUGGACUUCUGGUGCCGUGUGAAGAACUGUCUAAUGUCUCUUGUUUCAAUCAUAGUAGAAAAUCAAGCCCAAGCCAAAUUUGAAAGUGUCAUCAAGGAGCAUUUCACUGCUGAGUCCAGAACUUUUUUAUCUGAGCUCUACUUAAAAGCAGAAUUAUGGAUUUAUAACACUGACUUUUCUUUAGAAUUUGCACGCCCGCUUCUUCCAAAUACUGUGUAUAUUGGAGGUUUACUGGCCAAGCCUUCCAAACCACUUUCUCAGGAGCUUGAAGACUUUAUAGCAAACUCAGAAGAUGGUUUUAUCAUUGUGACACUGGGCUCAAUGUUAUCCUCAAUCCCGCACUUGGAAGUACUACAGGAGAUGAAUGCUGCAUUUGCCCACCUUUCCCAAAGAGUGAUCUGGAGGUGUCAGUACUCCAAAUGGCCUAAAGAGCUGAAACUGGCAUCAAAUGUGAAAAUUGCUGAUUGGCUCCCUCAGAAUGAUCUGUUAGGACAUCCUAUGGCUCGUCUACUUGUUACCCACGGAGGCAUGAACAGUUUGAUGGAAUCUAUCUAUCAUGGGGUCCCUGUUGUGGGAAUACCCCUUUUUGGAGACCAGUACGACAACAUGGUUCGAGUAGAGGCCAAAAAAAUGGGCAUUGCUCUGCGAAUAGACCAGCUUACCACUGACAUAUUCACUCGCACAAUGAAGCAAGUUAUAGAAGAUAAAAGGUAUAAAUCCGCAGCUAUGUCUCUGAGCACAAUUCAUCACUCCCACCCACUCCCGCCAGAUCAACGCCUGGUACGAUGGAUAGAACAUGUCCUCCGAGUAAGGGGAGGAGCCCACCUUCAGCCUUAUGCAUUUCAGCAGUCUUGGUAUCAGCAAUACUUACUGGAUGUUGUGUUGUUCCUGUCAGGGUCUCUCCUCGGGGUUAUCUAUCUUUGUAUUAAGCUCCUAAAAUCUGUUGCCUUUAGGAUCCGCAGCUCAGAAAAACAAAAACAAACAUAAUUUUAAACAUUACCUAUUUGGUUAAUAUCAUCAUUUUAAAAAAAAUUAUAAGCAGCUGGUAGUAGCCACUAGAUUUAUUUGCUUCAAGGAAACAGUAAGGGAAAUUAUACAUUUCCUGGAUAAUCCAAGCCUUCUGUAUGACCUAAUUCUACUGAAAUGUAAUAAACAUUGGAUGAGAAAACAAAAUUAGCUCCAUGUUUGUUUGGUUUUAAAUUCACUCCUAGAACCAUAACCCUUCCUAUCCCAAGUAACUUCUGAGACGUUACAAAGGAGAGGAUAUACAGUUGAACAGAGAUCAGCUUCUGAACCUGCAAUUUAAAAAUGAGCAAAAAAAUGCUUUCAAAACAAAUACAGAGAAGCGUUCUAAA